UGCUGCUGUGGAUGUUGGUCUGCUCCGGAGGGGCUGAGGCGUGUGAUGACGCCUGCCUCGCAGCAACAUUAGUGGUCAGCGUUUCUGUGACUCUGGCUGGAGUUUCAUUUAAGUACCAAACUUCCAACAAUUAUGAGAGCUGUGGACACCAGUUGAUUUCUUUCACAUGGCAAGCAUCAGUUAAAGCAGUGGCUCAAAGAGGGCAUCACCGACUGUGAACGCUCCAUGUUCAUCUUUCAUGAGGUGGAUAAGUUGGAUCCUGAAUUGAUGGACAGCAUUAAGUCAUACCUGGACUACUAUGACAAGCUGGAUGGAGUUUCUUAUCGGAAAGCCAUCUUCAUCUUCAUCAGGCAGCUUUUGUUCGAAAUGAAACCGAGGGAGCGACACGUCCUGCUGCUGUGGAUGCUGGUCUGCUCCGGCGCGACUGAGGCGGUCGAUCCCUUCACCAUCGGGGCCGGUGUGGCGGGGACUGCCGCUGCGGGGAUAUUUUCACCCAUGAUUUACUGCCGCUUCAAAGAGUGCUGUCGACCAAACUGGGUUUCUUUCAAAUCGACAGGACUGAAGAAAGACCUGGAUAACAAACUGUUCGGACAGCAUGUUGCAUCACGCAUCAUCUUAAAAGCUGUGGAUGGAUUCAUGAGCAAUGACAACCCCAAGAAGCCUCUGGUGCUCUCUCUGCAUGGAUCGACCGGCACAGGGAAGAACUUUGCUAGUCAGCUGAUUGCUGAAAACAUUUACGAGAAGGGAAUUAAGAGCAAUUUUUUUCAUGUUCUCUCAGCCACACAUCACUUCCCACAUCCAAAACAACAUCUUCAAACCUACAAGCAUCAGUUAAAGCAGUUGCUAAGAGACAGUGUCACCGACUGUGAACGCUCCAUGUUCAUCUUUGAUGAGGUGGAUAAGAUGGAUCCCCAAUUGAUUGACAGUAUCAAGUCAUACCUGGACUACUAUGACAACCUGGAUGGAGUUUCUUAUCGGAAAGCCAUCUUCAUCUUCCUCAGCAAUGCCGGCGGCGACAGCAUCGCACAGACGGCUUUAGAUUUCUGGAAAGCAGGACAAAAACGAGAGGAGAUCGGGCACAAUGACCUGGGAACAUCGCUCUCUCUAUCACUGUUCAACAACAAAGACAGUGGCUUUUUUCAUUCAAGUUUGAUUGACAAGAGCCUGGUGGACUUCUUCGUCCCAUUGCUGCCUCUGGAGUACAAACAUGUGGUCCAGUGUGCCAUGGCUGAGAUGAAAGCCAGAGGACGUCAGCCGGACCAGGAUGUGGCAGAGAGGCUGGCCAAAGAUUUAGUCUAUUUCCCCAAAUCUGAAAGAGUCUUCUCUAGCACUGGCUGCAAGACAGUAGACACCAAGUUGAACUUCUACUUAUAAUAUCACCAUCGGAUGGAUGCUACGUUGGAUCACAAUGUUUACAAAGAAAAUCUGACUGAACUCUUUAGACGUCUCUUUGGAGAUUUGGCUGUCUGACCUCGGGGCCAUGAAGAGGGUCAGCAGGCCUUCUCCUAUGUUUCAUCUCGUUUAUAAUAAUAAGAUUUGAAUAUUAUCAUUUGCAACUGAAUAAGGGGUUUGAUCAUCACUUUUAUGUGACAACAAUGAGAAGAUGGUGUUGCCUUCCUGAGAGACACUUAAUGACUGAAUGAGUCCUGAAACUAUGACAUGUCACUGUUUUAAUAUAUUUUUAAUGUGUACUCCAUAUAAUGUUUGUGGAUUACUGGAAAUCACCUGCCUUAAUUCUUACUUUCACCAUUUUAAAACUGUUAUUUUACACGUGUCCAUUUUACCGUACAUAUGAGUUUAUUAACAGUGUUGGACUUUGUGGGUCUGCAGUUUCAGUUUAGUUCAGUUUGUACUUGUUAAAGAAGUAAUGCCCUUAAUGAUCUUAUUUUCUUAUUCUUUAGAUUUCUUUUCACCCUCCUGACAACAUGUUGCCCUCAUUUUUUUGAUAGGAUUCAGGUCUAUGGUUGCCAAUAAAACAGAAAUGGAUAAAAAA